AUGGCUUACCUAAACUCUAGACUAAAAGAAGUGAUCUAUAUGAAACCACUGGAGGGAUCAGGAGUAGCACCCAGACAGGUAUACAAAGUGGUCAAGGGCCUGUAUGGCCUAAAGCAGUCUGGGCGAGAAUGGAACCAGGAGUUCAACAGGUCUUUGAGAUGUAUGGGGUUCUUCCAGGUGGAGUGUGCUCCCUGCAUCUACACCAAGGGACAGGGUGAAGAUAUGGCCAUUGUGGUCAUCUACGUCGAUGAUACAUUAGUCAUAGCACCAUGGCUGGAAACAGUCCUAAAGGUUAAAAAGCAGAUUGGUCAGAGAUGGAAGAUGGAAGAUAGUGGUGAGGUCUCUCACUUCCUCGGCAUCAAAAUCAGUCGAAACUGUACAAUGCGCACCAUGAUGAUUGGUCAGUCAGGGUACAUUGACCAAGUGCUAGCUAAGCACCUGGACAAAUGCACCAAGCCAACUAUGGUUCCAAUGCAGAGUAUACCAGAGGGAACCCUUGUCGCAAGUGCAGCACAACAGAAGGAGUAUCCAGUGAUCGUUGGCAAGCUGCUCUGGGUUGCCAACAGCACCCAGCCCAACCUUAGCCUCACUGUAAGUGUCCUUGCUAGACACAUGCGUGAACCAUCUCAAGAACAUUAUCAGGCAGCACAAUGGGUCUUACGCUACCUCGAAGGCACAAAGAAUGUUGGAUUAGUUUAUAGGGGAAAUAUGUUGCAAGAGCUGCUGAUUGCGCAUAGCGAUGCAAACUGGGCGAGCGACACCACCAUUCAGAGAAGGAGUACAUCAGGGUCAGUGGCGUUAGUGUAUGGGAACCCGGUAGCCUGGAAGUCAGCAACACAGAAAUGCAUAUCACUGUCCGCCAUCGAGGCGGAGUUCAUUGCAGCCACGGAAGCAACACAUGAGGUGCUCUUCCUCAAGCAGCUGCUACGCUCAAUUGGUAUUGCCACAGGCACCCCAACAGUCUACUCAGACAACACUGGUUGCAUACAGGUUAGUAAAGACCCAGCACAGCACUGGAAGCUUAAGCACAUCGACACCAAGUAUCACUUCGUCCAUAACAACAUUCAAGAGGGAAGGGUGCAAAUCAAGUAUGUGGACACCACAAGGAAUUUGGCAGAUGUACUCACCAAGCCAAUUGGGAGACAAGCAAUGCAGCAAGCAAGAUCUGGGCUGCACCUGCAAACACCAGCAGCGGCAUACAAAAUGGAGUCCCCGAGCUAUGUGAUGAUGUUAAAGAAUGGAGGAUAUACCUUGAAACAACAGCAUAAUGAACAGGGUACACAUGCUGUUGAGGGGGGGAGUUGA